AUGAGCAAGGCUGGUGUGGAUAGGGAAGAAUUCCGUUAUAUUGAUGGCAGGAGGUUUCAUAACGUACAAACUUCAAAGUAUCCUCUUCCAAAUGAUGAUGAGGAAUGCGAUAGGUUACAUAUGCAACACUUUUUGAUGAGAUAUGUUUGGCAAGGCAACUUUACUUCUCCCGUUGAACAUAUCUUGAGUGACGAAAAUUCCAAAGUUCUUGAUGUUGGAUGUGGUGCUGGUUCCUGGUCAUUUGAAAUGGCAUCCAACUAUCCGAAUGCAAAAAUCACUGGCGUGGAUAUCUCGCCCGUUCAACCUUUAGGAAUUAAGCCAAGUAACUUUACAUUUAUUCAAGCAGACCUUCUUGAAGGGUUAUCGUUUGCCGAUGAAACUUUUGACUUUAUAUUCCAACGUUUCUUGGUUGGCUCAAUUCCAAAAAACAAAUGGCAGUCCGUUAUCGAAGAACUAACCAGAAUGUUAAAACCUGGUGGUUAUUUGGAGCUAAUGGAAUUUAAUGUAUUUCCUGAAAGAUUAGGUCCAACUUCAACUAUAAUCGGAAAUGCUGCAACAAGGAAAUUUGAAGAUAUUAAAGAAGAAGGCAAACUUAUAUAUGGGGGUAGAGAAGCCGGUAAAAUUGGUCAAGCGAUGAAUGACGAUAUGGUAAGAUUUUACGAAAAUAUGAAAGUCCCGCUGAUGCCAAUUUUACAAGUAACUCCCGAAGAAUAUGAUCAAAUGCUAAAAACCUUAAAAGAAGAAUGGUUUGAGCUAAAUAGUUAUAUUCGAUCUGUUCGUGUUUACGCUAGGAAAAUCUAA